AUGUCUACCUCCGACAAAUCAAAAAAGAAUCAGACGAAACAGUCAAAAAGCCGGCCUAUUGCUACUUCGACUAUCUCUCAGCCGGUAGUCGAAGAUUCAUCGUCCCUUACUGCUCUUUCUUCCUUUUCUUCGAAAGGAAAUCUCUUUGCUUAUCUCUCCCUCGCGGUUGACAAGCAUCGGUUACGCAUCUAUGACCCCGCAACCGGGCAAUCUGUAGCAGAACACAUCGUGAAUUCUGCUCGAGUCUCUUCAUUGUCAUGGCAUCAUCUUUCAACAGUUAUUAGCUCUACUGGGUUACCUCCAAGCAAGAAAAAGCGCAGAAAAAGUCAGGCUCCAGAAUACGCCCAGUCAGGAUCAACCCAAACGGUUGCAUUGGGUCUGUCGGAUGGGUCUGUCGUGUUCUUUUCACCGACGCACGGUCGAGUGCUUUCAACACUUUCACAUCCCUCGAGCACUUCUGCAAUACUCUCAUUAGUAGGGGAAGAGCACAGCAGAGAUGGUUCAUCUAAUGUAUGGACAUCUGGUGCGGACGGAGUAAUUCGUCUGUGGAAUGUUCACAGAAACGAGAUGAGAGGGAGCUGGAAAAAUGAUGACCGGAUACCGUAUACCUCUAUGACCCUCAGACCUUUACCCGACAAUGAGAACCCAGAGCUCCUCGUCGCACACCACUCCAUCCGAUUACUUUCCAUCGAGUCUGAUCUCGCAAAUCAGAAACCUAAAGAGUUGGCCUCCUUCACAGGUCAUGCAUCCUCUAUCAAAAUGCUGCAAUGGGAUACCUCUGCAUCCCCUUGUCGCCGCUUCGUAUCCAUGGCAGAAAAUGACCGCGUUAUAUCGCUUUGGGAGGUUCCUUCAGAUGAUUUGACCACGAGCAAAAUGGUCGCGUCAGUCCAGUUAGACUCAGACGCUCGCUACGUUUCGCUAUCCACGUCUACAUCCACCCUUUUAACUUUGGCUGCUUCAGGCAAAGUAUCCGUAUAUCCGAUACCUGACGAACUGGUCCCAUCAGCGAGCUCGAAUCGCACACAACAUAAAAUACCUACUCUUCUUCCUCGAUCAACUCUUUUCGUUUCCUCUAAAGGAAACUCUUCCCACCUGGUCGCAAGUUCAUUUGUUGAGGGUUCGUCCCGAAGUAUUCGCGUUGUGCGAAUUGCAGGGGGCGUCAGACCUGUUUUCAACGUUCUCGAUUGCCAAGAUGAGGAUGGAAAUUUUAUCCCAGAGGUUGUAAUACCAGAUAUUAGUCUGAAUGCAAUGUCUGAAUCCCGUCAGGGAGUUCCCAACAAACGGUACACCGAAUCUUUGGCGGCGGUAGGGUCUGGCGUUGAUCUUGGUCAGGAUGAAAAUUUGGACAACUUGAAUGUCCAAAAUGUUGAGGGUCACCUUGAUGUAGAUAUAGCUGAACUGAGUUUAGGACAGCGUCUUACAGCUGUUUCUGGCGCGGAUGAUGUCCAGCGGGACAGCGAUUCAGAACCAUCGUCGAACAAGAAGCAAAAGUCCAAAAGCACUCAAGAUGGACUUUCCGUGGUACCAGCAGCCUCUCUAACGCGGACAUUAAUUCAAGCCCUGCAUUCAUCUGAUUCAAGGUUAAUGGAGACAUGUUUAGCUCAUUCCGAUACUACCUUGAUACGAAAUACCGUGCGGAGGCUUCCUCCCCAGCUUGCGGUGCCACUUAUCACGGCUUGCGUAGAAAGGUUAGGGCGAGGUGCAAGGGCGGGGAACAUGAAAGGCGGAGGUGGUGGUGCAAGUUCUCAGAGAGGUACCGGACUCCUUAUCUGGGUAAAGACGGUACUGUCUGUCCACGGUGGACAUCUAAUGACUAUGCCCGACCUAGUAGCUCGUUUGUCGGGUCUUCACUCGAUCCUUACAUCUCGCCUCACUCUACAAGACAGUUUACUGUCCCUGAGUGGUCGGCUGGACAUGGUGCUUUCACAGAUAGAGAUGCGAUCGUCGACUGCACCAGCUCCUAUCGCACUAAGAUCGGCAAAAUCGUCAUCUGUGGCAAGAACUGUCGAGAAGACGCACUACGUGGAAGGAGAGAGCGAGGAUGAAGAUCCUCGAAUGGACGUGGAGGUUGAAGUGGAUAGUGGUAACGAAGAUGCCGAUAUCGAAGAUAUCGAACUUGGAGGAAGCAGUCAGGAGGAAUCCGAGGAAGAGGAAGAAGAAGAGGAAGAUGAUGAUGAUGAGGAGGAGGAGGAUGACGACGAAGAAGACCCUACAAUGAACGGAUUCAUUGAUGACGAAGCAGAAGAAGAGUUUACUGACGAAGAAGGGGAUGAAAGUGAAUAG